AUGUCAAGACCGAACAAGCCUGUGGAAAAGCUGGUUCACAAAAGAAGCUCAAUUUGGUGUGGCAGUCACAAGAGCAACAAGCAGGAAGCCGCAAACUGUACAAGUUUUGGCGGUGACACACUUCAACAUAAGGUGGUGGAUUGGGCUGCUUGCCUGGCCCGUCGUUCAGACAGUGCUGUGGAAGGUUUUCUUUGUGGCAUUGUGUUUAUUGUGUUCACGGUUCAGGGUUGGAGGUUUGGGUCCCUGGGCAAGGACAACUGGACAGAAAUGGAGAGUUUGCAGGUUUUGGGGGGCGGGGUUGGGGAUAUGUUUGUGACAGAAUGA